AUGGAUUCGCUUACGACUCACCCGUCGAACGCGCUGCAGGCUCGCGCCUUCACUUCCCCUUCCUCGCUCUCCUUCCCCGGUGGCGCGGCCGAUUUGACCCCUCCUUCUUCUGAAAAGGAUAUCCACGGUGUCAACGGUAUGACCCAUGGCCAGGCUGGAGGAAAUGCCAUGAACGGCAAUGGGGUGACCCCCGCUACUCCGGCCACUCCGGUCGCCACCCCCGGGGCUACUACCGGGAGCAGUGGCAUUGUGCCUACUUUGCAAAACAUCGUGGCUACGGUCAAUCUUGACUGCCGUCUGGAUCUUAAGACCAUCGCGUUGCAUGCUCGCAACGCCGAGUACAAUCCUAAGCGUUUCGCCGCCGUCAUCAUGCGUAUCCGUGAGCCGAAGACAACUGCCCUGAUCUUCGCCUCGGGCAAGAUGGUCGUGACCGGUGCUAAGUCUGAAGAUGACUCUAAGCUGGCCUCGCGCAAGUACGCGCGUAUCAUCCAGAAGCUCGGUUUCAACGCCAAGUUCACCGACUUCAAGAUUCAGAACAUUGUCGGCUCCUGCGACAUCAAGUUCCCCAUCCGUCUGGAGGGUCUGGCAUCUCGCCACCACAACUUCUCGUCUUACGAACCGGAGCUGUUCCCUGGUCUGAUCUACCGCAUGAUGAAGCCCAAGAUUGUACUCUUGAUUUUCGUCAGUGGUAAGAUCGUCCUGACUGGUGCCAAAGUUCGUGAGGAGAUUUACCAAGCGUUCGAGAUGAUCUACCCUGUGCUUUCUGACUUCCGCAAGGUCUAG